AUGCACUGGCUGUAAUGUCCAACCUCACACUGGUGCCUUAUCAAAUACAGAAGAUUACAAAUGGCGUUGUAAUGUUGAACGCACCUCUGCUGUAAUCACUUCUCUCUGCUCCUAUGCUGGUGGCGAACUGCAGUUGAGGAGAAACUUCAGCGCGCUUCCAUUGCACCGCUCUGCGCGCGCUGGAGGUGAAGAUGCAUCCGCGCGCUGCUAAUGGCACCGGUUCUUCUCACGACUGCGGGAUGUCAUAUAUGUAAUGGACGAAUUUAAAUAAAACAGGGCGAUAGGAAGGCAGUCCAGUCAGUGGUCUCUCCACCUUGGAGGUGUGGUCUCUUUCCAUAAGCGUUCAAAACUAGGCGGCGCGCGAUGCUGAGCGCGAGAAGGUAUUCAGCAGGGAAGCGCGUGAGUCUGGCCUGGUCUACCAGGCACGAGCGGUUCAGAGCACCGCGCUCUCCAAGCAAGAGCGACAUCCACAUCCACCUGCCGUCUGUGUGUCAAGUGAAGUCAGCGAAGAUCAGUGCUGAGAAUGGGUGCUGUAAAGGUUGAAGGUGCUUUAGAUGGUGGAUGGGGAUGGAUGAUUGUGGUGGCCUCUUUCAUGGCCCAGUUCCUGUCCUUUGGAUCCCCCCAGUCCGUCGGGGUGUUGUACCCCGAGUGGCUCAGUGCCUUCCAGGAGGGAAAAGGCAUGACGGCUUGGGUCGGAUCCAUGGUGUCUGGUGUGGCACUCAUCACCAGUCCGGUGUGCAGUGCUUGUGUGGAUAAUUUUGGUGCACGGCCAGUAACCGUCUUCAGCGGUGUGAUGGUGGCUGGAGGUCUGAUGCUGAGUGCUUUUGCUCCAAGCGUGUCCUUCCUCAUCUUCUCCUAUGGCAUUGUUGUCGGCAUUGGCUGCGGACUUGUCUACGCUGCCACACUGACCAUAACCUGCCAGUACUUUGACAAGAGGCGUGGCCUAGCACUGGGCAUUGUCACCACAGGCACAAGUUUGGGCGGGUUCACUUACGCCACACUCCAGAAUGAGCUCAUUGAGUUGUUUGGAUUGGAGGGCUGCCUGCUUAUCAUUGGAGCGCUGGCGCUCAACUUGAUGGCAUGUGCUGGGCCAAUGCGACCUUUGAACUUACCUGGUUACUACCUAAAACAGAGAGCUGCUCUACAGCGUACAGAGGAACCAGAAGCACUCUACACCAAACCUACUGCCAUUAUCAUUGACUCUGAUCUCAAAACCACACCUAGCUCAGCCGAUAACACAACCACCAUUAAGCUUUUGAUCCUCAAGGAACCCACUGAGUUGCAAGAGAGUGAAGGCGAAAGAAAAGGUGGGAUACUGUCCGGUUCAAUAGUAGCCCAAGCCAUCAAGAAGCGAAUGCGUCCCUAUGGACGGUACCUGUGUGAGACUGUAGAGCUCCUACAGGACCGUGUCUUCGUGGCUUUCUGCAUCGCCAUUUUCCUGUUCAGCUUAGGGGCGUUCCCACCUGUGCUCUUCAUGGAGGACGUAGCCCAGAGCGAGGGGCUUAUCGACGGGAUUGCACUUAUACCCCUUGUCUCCAUCGUUGCAAUGACAACAGGCAUCGGUAAGCUGGUCCUGGGCAUCCUGGCAGAUACGCAAUGGGUGAACAGCUUGUACCUGUACGCCCUGACACUGACAGGAACAGGAGUGGCUCUGCUUCUAAUUCCUGUGUCUAAAAGUUACAUGGGUCUGCAAGUUCUGUCAGCUGUGGUUGGAUUUUUCUCAGGGAACUGGUCUCUCACAUCCUACAUCACUACCAAUAUCGUGGGCCUUGAACGACUCAGUCAAGCUCACGGCAUUCUCAUGUGCUUCGGAGGGUUUGGAAUCACCCUUGGGCCACCUGUUGUAGGUUGGUUCUUUGACUGGACUCAGUCAUAUGACUUGGCAUUCUACUUCAGUGGCACUUGUGUUUUAGUAUCUGGUUUGUUUCUGUUCUUGGCCACUCUGCCUUGCUGGAACAGGACGUCAGAGGAGGGAAAUUCUCCUGCAAAAGAGGACGUCAACACUUCUCAACAGCCCACUCUUGAUUGUGACAAAGUAGCCUCUGUGGCUUGAACAAUAUCUUAAAGGUCUUUAACUGACCUUGGCCUUAACAAUCUGGUGAACGUGUAGAAGAUUGUCUUCCUUUUCUUAUGGUUUUCUUACCUGGUAUGGUUUUGCCAGGGGACUACUCAUGGUGCCAAAUUUUUAUUUUGUUCAGUGCGAAAAGGUUUUAUAGAUGGCCCACGAACCUUGUCAUUUAUGAGAGGGCGUAUUCAUUUUUCUUAGAUGCUUAUAAAGACUGCCUCAUUUUUGAGGCUUAUAUAUAGCAGAAGUGGUUUGCUAAUAGUAUAUUCAGUAGAUUUUUUACUGGACACAGAAGCUGUUUUUUGUAGAUCUUGAUCACUUGAAUUGUGUAAACUUUACUUUCUUAGAUGGUCUCACUGUGUUGCACGUGGAUAUCACCAACCUGUGAACAUGCAUUUCCAUUAAUGAGAACAUUUCUGACCGAAAGCUUUAGAGAAUUAUAUAAUUUGUGAAUAGGUCUUUUUUCACUGCACUUACCAUGAAAAGCAUUUAAAAAAAAUACAAAUCCAAAGAUUUCUUUUGUUAUUUGUGGGGUAACAAGGACUUGGAAUUGCACUUUAAUGCACUCUUAAAUAGUAACUGCACAUUAUAUUUCUAUUUUUGUCACUUUUGAACAGUUUUGCAACAGUUUCCUGUGCAUUAUCUGCUUUUAUUGUCUGUGAUACCAAAGUGACAAAAAAUUUCAUUUAAGGCCUUGUUUUUAAAUUGACUAGCUUUAGCCACAUUUCCUUUAAAAACAUACCUCAGCAUGUUCUGCAUCUUUAAUUGUUAGUCAUUUAGAAAUAUAAGAACAUGCUGAUGAAAAAAUUCCCAAAAAUUAAAAAAAAAAAGCUACAAAGAGAAAAUAAUUUGAUUCUGUGACCUGCAACGUAUGUGUAUGUGUGCGCCUAAUACAGUCAUCCUCCACAAUUUUUCAACAGGCUGGUCCCUGACAACACUGUCUUUUAUUACUGUAUAUGUGAAAUGCCAGUGUCAUUAUUUCAUGUCAGUAUAUGUUGUAGAACUGUAAUAUAUUAUGUAUAAAUGAAUGUUAAGAAAAGGUCACUUUUGACCAAAGACUUGCUUUGUGUCUUGAGUAAACAUUUUGACAGGGUGCAAAAUUAUUCUAUAUAAAAUGUAACACUGUCCCCCUAUAUGCUAUAUGAUGUAUCUGUCUUGUUGUUUUAUUGCAGUGAGUUUGUUUUUUACAAUACUAUGUUAAUUUUAAGUGACAAUAAAAAGAUUUAUG